AUGGAGCUUGCUGCUGUGGACUCUGGAGCUGAGACUGCUGGUGCUGAGCCUGGGGAUGCUGAGAUAGAGGGUGAGGGUUCUGGGGGUGCUGCGACUGGGGGUGCUGGUUCUGGGGGUGCUGCGAGUGGGGGUGCUGGUUCUGGGGGUUCUGGGGGUGCUGCGAGUGGGGGUGCUGACUUUGGGGGUGCUGCGAGUCCUAGUGGCGGUGGAGUUGUGGGUGACCCUGCUGGAGAUCCUGGAGUUGGACAGCCACCGCAGCCUGAUCUACUUGAGACGCUCUCGCCGCAGGCGAUUCGUGCGUGGAUCGUUCGGCGAGGCAGUCCUGGUGGUGGAGGGUACGGUCUUGCUGGUGCUGGAGCUGCUAGUCCUGGAGGUACUGCUGGUACUAGAGGUGCUACUGGUGCUGGAGGUACUGGAGCUGCUAGUGCUGGAGGUACUGGAGGUGCUGCUGGUGCUGGAGGUGCCGGGGCUACUAGUCUUGGAGGUGCUACAGGUGCUGGAGCUGCUGGUCUUGGAGGUGCUCGUACUGGAGCUGCUGGUGCUGGAGGUGUUGGAGCUGCUGGCACUGGAGGUGCUGGUACUGCUGGUGCUGGAGGUACUGGAGGUGCUGCUGGUGCUGGAGGAGCUAGAGCUGGAGCUGGUGGUGCUGCUGGUGCUGGAGGUCCUAGGGGUACUAGAGCUACUGGUGCUGGAGGUGCUGGUGCUGGAGCUGCGGGAGCUGCUGGUCCUGGAGGUGCUCGUACUAGAGGUACUGGAGCUACCGGAGCUGGUGGUGCUUCUCGUGCUGGAGGUGCUACUAGAGCUGCAGGCACUGGAGGUACUGAUGCUGCUGGUGCUGGAGGUGCCGGAGCAGGUGGUGAUGCUGGUGCUAGAGGAGCUGGAGGUGCUAUUGGAGCUAAUGGCACUGGAGGUGCUGGAGGUACUGCUGGUGCUAGAGGUGCUGGCGCUUCCGGAGCUCGUGGUGCUGCUGGUGCUAGAGGUGCUGGAGGUGCUAGUGGAGCUGCUGGUCCUGCCCCGCGCCGACUGUUUUUCUGCCCGCAGCCGCAGUCGUCCCUACUGCCGCCUGACUCGGUCCUUCACCAGGUUCUUAGUCUCCCGUCUUCCACUGGCCUCACUCCACCUCUCUUGUGUCCACCGACAGACCAGUCUCAGCCACAACUACUGCCUGGCUCCCCGCUGCCUGCUCCUGCUCCUCACACUGAGGUGACUAGGUCCCUCACUGAGCGUCGUGAGCCUGAGACUCGUGCUUCCACACCUGUUCGUGCUCGUCGUGUCGCUCGUCCUCGUCCUCCUGUUGUCCUAGGCACUCACGGUAUGGCACUUCGUUCUUCCUUCGUUCCACAGCGGGUUGUCCUGCCUGGGCCUCCCGUGUCCUCUCUUCCGCAUGUUCCUGACCCUGAGUCCGACCUUGCUCGUGCUGCCAGUCCUACUGUCACUCAUCUCCUCGCUACUGUCGUCACUGACCCUGACUUUGAGUCUACUACAGUGUUUUCCCUAGUCACCGAGCUGGUCGACUUUGCAGCUAGGAGUCGUCUCGACUACGUCGCGAGUCUUGUUACCGAGCGAUCGCGAGUGAGUUACUCCUCUCAGUGGCAGACAGCCACGAACGCAGAGAUGGCUUCCUGGAAGUCCACAGGCACCUAUGUCGACGAUGUUCCUCCUGGCACGUGGAUUUUCAGAGGGAAGCGGCCGCCGGGUUCUCCGCCUGCCUUCAAGGCGCGUUACAUUGCUCGAGGCUUCUGUCAGCAACAGGGGGUCAACUUAUUCCAGACCUUCUCCCCCACCCCGAAGAUGACUACUAUUCGGGUGCUGCUGCACGUUGCAGCACAUCGUGACUACGAGCUGCACUCCCUCGACUUCUCCACAGUGUAG